AUGACACAUGCCUGCACCGUCAUCUACACUGAAAGCGAUGUCGGGAGUCGGAAAUUGUCCGAGGAAGCUGAGAUUUCCAAUGACUGCGCUUUUGCCACGCUUUUCGCGUGGGAGGGGAAAGUCGUCAUGGUCACUGUAAUCUCUUCUUCCUCGUGGCGGCGCAGGGUGUACGAAUCCGCUGACAAUGGGAAGACGUGGACAGAGGCUACCGGGCUACUCUUGCGCCUGCUGCAAGACGCAUACACAUUGCGGGACCUCUACGAUUUUGUGGGGCUCUUGACAGCAACCAUUGAAGAGAGAACUGUGCUGCUGUGCACCGAAGUGGUGUCGCUCAUUCGUAAUGCACGGGGAGAGGCCAUUCCAUUCAGUGCCGAACACAAAGUAAUCCGUCACUGA